GAAGAUAGCUUAAAAAAAAGAGCUAAAGUGCUUUUCCAGGUUGCCCCGUGUUGUGUAAGGUAGCAGCAGAGCAUAAACACAGCAUGCAGCCUCACUACAGCUUGUUUGCAAUAAUUAGCCGGGUUACCAACUCGUAAAAAAGCUUACCUGGAGGCAGGCCAACGCCGCUGUGCUGUUAUUUCUGAUAAUUGUUUUCAGGUGAAAUGUGGGCGGGGAGGAGAUAAAGGCCCAGAAACAAAAGUAUUUCAGGUGUUGUCAAAACUAGCAAGGAAGCCAUUUUUACCUAAUUUGGAAAGUUAACAUUUAAGACUGCUUUCUAUUAUCCGCAGCUGCUUGGAAAAGGCUUCUUAAAUACAUCUGCCCUCACAUGUGUAACUUGUUGAGUUUUGUCCGUGUGCUCCUUUUUAAACAAGUAACAUCUUGAGGGGGGAAACGUCGUUUUUAUUUGCGCUUGAGCCUCGUUAGCUUUGUCAAGUUAGCAAGGCUGUCAACGGAAGUGAUUGUUUAAGUCUUUCCAAAAACCGAAACACUGAAGCCAGGUGAUCGUGUUAUAUUGUUUAGCAUAAUUUUAGCAUUAAAAAUAAGAUACGAAUGAGGUAAAGAGAGCAACGUUAAGCACUCGUCGCUUCCGUGAAUGUUAUUUUGAAAGGAAGGUCCGGAUGUUACGUGCCUCGUGAGCGGUCGCUUGACGCCCGAGUGACUUUUUGCGCUUUCCAGGCGGAGUGGAGCUUCAAACAUUUGCCCAACUUGUCCACCUCUUCACUGCACAUUCUUCAAACCCUGGAAUGUUUUCAUGUUUGGCCUUCUUUGGAGAAGCAUCGCGGCGAGGGAUAUCUGUCAUUUUUGCAUUUCAUUCGUGCUGCUUUCCGGGGCUAAUUACACACUUUCACACACGGACACACACGUAGCGUGGAGGGGUGGAAGCGCUCUUGGGACGGCAGCACAUCCGAUCCCGGGUUCUUCUUUUCACGACACUGGAUUUCUAUGAUGCCGUGGACCGUUGGAAGAGGAGCGACAUGUGUGUGUUUGGUUAGAAAGUCUUUAAAAAGUUGAUUUUUUUUUUGUUUGUUUGGAGAAGAAUUACCAAGCAUUUGAGCGACUGGCGACGGGAUUUUAUAAUCAAUGUGGAGUCAGCUGGAAGGACGCGGGGUCCGGAUCUCACCUCAACGGCCGAGGGAGAGUAUGAGGUGCAAGUACAAGUACUUUGUUGAAGGUGUCAUCCGGUCCGGUGAGUUGUCGCCUCCCAAAACAAGCAAGUUGACACGUUGUGACUCACCGCCGCUUCCCGUUGUCGGCACGCCGACUUCCGGCCGAAUGUCACGGAGAGGAUAAUUAUCUUAGGGAAUUCCCGCCUUUGGGGAGUUGCGUGUGAGACCCCAACUGCAAACAAAUAAAUAAAUAAGUGCUGUGAUUUUCUGGUGACGCCCCGACAUCCCCGCAUCCCGACGCGACUGACCUCUGACAAUUCCAACAACAUUCCACCUCCAAAGUCAAAUAAGGAUCAAGCAUAAGGGAAGGGGGGGGGCUUUACCAAAGCGGAUGCAGUCUAAACAGGUAGGGGCGGGGUACCUGACAUUAAUCCACAGGUUUCAGAACAGAACAACUAAGUCAACAGACCAACAUUCGGCUUUAAUCUGGAAAACUCCGGCAUGUUGCCCCCCCCCCCCCCCCCUCUUUCCGGCACCAUCAAGUUUGAAUAGCUUUUUAUUUUCCUGUAUGCCGGUAAAAUACCAUCUGGGAAAGACUAGAAUUGACAAUGAUUUCCAAAUGCGGACAGGUAUGCUCCACUGGAUCCCCAUCGAGCCUCUUGGGAAUCUUUUAACGGUUUCUGGGAUGCCAGUAAACUAUCUGCAGCAAAACUGUUCCUGGUGGAAAGGCCACAAUUGUCCUUAUUUUCCGUAAAGGUUCCUUUAUUUUCCAAUGCCAGUGUCGGCAGGUGCAUGGAUACCUGGCUUCUCCUGGAAAACUGGUCAGGAUUCUAUUAGUUUACCGACUAAACGCCACAAAGACUUCCUGUCCGUCAUGUCAUAUGUGCUGUGUGGGGGCGGGGAAAAAGGACGGGCCCUUUAGAAAACCAAAUAAUAAACCCCUAAGUCUGACGUGGCCCCAAACCCUCCAAUGAAGCACCGCCAGUGUCUGUACGGAAUCAAGGAUCCCAAGGAAGGUCAGGCAAGGUCAUGAAGGUCAACACAAGCAGAAUUAGCGUAGCGUUACAAAUGCUUAAACUGAUGGACGUUAUCAGUCACAUGAUUGGCAUCUGCCUGGAUUAGCUGGUUAGCAUAGUACAGUAGCUAGCUACAACACGCAGCCCCCCCCCCCAACAAGCCUCCAUGAUGUAUGGCUAAUGUAUAUAAGACGUAUGUAAGACGAAUGAUGGAAGAUGAUCGUUGGAACGUAGGAACGUUUGUGUGGGGAAGUAUUUCAAGCAGGCGGAGAUUAGCAUUAGCAUACAUGCACACCGUCAGCGCUGAAAUAGCGACGUGCCAAGGAAAGGACGGAGUGAGGUUCCCCGAGCGACGGAAGUUAGCGUGUUGCCAGACUUGGCGUCACACAGGCUAAUUAUCCUACUCCUCACGCUUUGAUUGAGAAGACGCUUUAGCGCUGAGCCUCAGGUUGUGUUCUGACUCGCUAGACACAUCGUUUUUCCUCUAAUCCACUUCCUGUAGCGCUAAUCCUGUUUAAGGUUGCUGCGGAAGAUGGAGCCUAUCCCAGCUUAUCACCUGUCAAUCACGCCGCAUUCAAACUUACUCCUUGGGACACUUUCACGAGAUUCAAACACACAACCGUUUUGCUGCAAGGCAGUCGUGCUAACCGCUCCGAGUUUCAGAAUAAAAUAAAUGAAUCCAAAAGUUGGUUUAGCAUUCAUGACCUGUCAGCGGUAAGGUCAGGCCUUCAAAAUAAAAGCAGCGCGGCAGUAAACUACCCGGUGGGAAGACGGGAAUGUCUGGUCCUUGUUAGCACGUGCUAAUGUUGGCAGGUAUGCUAACAAGAAUGAAUAAUCAAUCUAAGCAGUGUCUGAUUGACCUGUAGCGCCCGUCCCCGCCAGCACACAGGAAGUUGGGCUGGGUGUGGUCGUCCUGUCACCACGCUUGGUUCUGUGCUGUCACUGAUUCACACACACUGACAAAACAUGUACACACACAAACACACACAUACACACUUCUUAACCGCAUCACUGACAUUCCCGUCAUUCCACCUCAGCCACCGCCCCCCUCCCUGGAGGAGGUAUCCCAGCACGCAUGCCUGGUGACUGAGUCACGGGUGGCCCCGGUCCCUAAUGGUCUUUGACUCACCAGCUAAUGUCUGUGAUGUCACGCUCGAGUGGUCCGCCCGUCAGCGGGGAGUGUCUGUUGGACUUCAUCACGCCGCUAAUGGCCGCCCGCCCCCAAGCGGAAGCAGCCUCCUCCUAAGGCGUUCCAAAGAGGUGUUGACAUUAGCGUUCAAAUACCAGGAGUACUGGAAGUAAAUACGAUACUCCUUUUCUAUGUAAGCAUGGGAAGUACUUCAGUGUAGUACGUAGCUGGUGCUGAAGGAAACACAGAAGGAACGCUACUUACACGCUAGCGACGUUCCAGAAGGUUGUUGGGAUCUUCAAUUGUUCAUCGUUAUGUUGCCAUGGUUUCUGUCACUCAGCGCCUCUUCCCUCCGUCUGAAUCGGAAGAUGUUGCUCCGUGGAGAUUUCCAGCAUGCGUUGCGGCAAAACAUAAUGAAGUCAAAUCAAAAACUCUAAAGUGGGACGACAUUUUCACUGACAUGACACCUCGGUUAUGGCCAGCCCCCACCUUCCUGGGGAGGGUGGCCUCUGGAAACCGUUACCUUGACUACCGCCUCUACCUUGACUAUUACCUUACCUUGACUAUUACCUUUACCACCGCCUUUACCUUGACUAUUACCUUACCUUGACUAUUACCUUGACCACCGCCUUUACCUUGACUAUUACCUUACCUUGACUAUUACCUUUACCACCGCCUUUACCUUGACCACCGCCUUUACCUUGACUAUUACCUUACCUUGACUACCGCCUUUACCUUGACUAUUACCUUACCUUGACUAUUACCUUUACUACCACCUUUACCUUGACUAUUACCUUACCUUGACUAUUACCUUUACUACCACCUUUACCUUGACUAUUACCUUACCUUGACCACCGCCUUUACCUUGACUAUUACCUUACCUUGACCACCGCCUUUACCUUGACUAUUACCUUACCUUGAUCACCACCUUUACCUUGACUAUUACCUUCACCUUGACUAUUACCUUUACUACCGCCUUUACCUUGACGAUUACCUUACCUUGACUACCGCCUUUACCUUGACGAUUACCUUACCUUGACUACCACCUUUACCUUGACUAUUACCUUACCUUUACUACCACCUUUACCUUGACUAUUACCUUACCUUGACCACCACCUUUACCUUGACUAUUACCUUACCUUGACCACCGCCUUUACCUUGACUAUUACCUUACCUUGACCACCGCCUUUACCUUGACUAUUACCUUACCUUGAUCACCACCUUUACCUUGACUAUUACCUUCACCUUGACUAUUACCUUACCUUGAUCACCGCCUUUACCUUGACUAUUACCUUACCUUGAUCACCACCUUUACCUUGACUAUUACCUUACCUUGACUACCGCCUUUACCUUGACUAUUACCUUUACUACCGCCUUUACCUUGACCAUCACCUUUACCAUUACCAUUAGCAUGGCCUCCAGGGUUUUAGCAUGCUGGUCUUCGUGACACUUGACACCCUGCAGGAAAGUAAUAGGCGCCAUCUACUGGCAGCACCUGGUAUUGUUUUUCCGGGGGGGGGUAAGUGGAUGACGUACCUGAUGAUUAUUUGAGGCAGGGAUUUAUUAGAGGAGGAAGCUUCCAGCCCAGAGUUGCUAUUGGUGCUUCUAAACACACAAAAAAAGUGUAGCAUCCUUUUAUCAACAGAUAUCAACAACUUCCUGGUUGAUGGAGGACGAUGACAGGCGGGCGUACCUAAUGACUGUUGUGGGGGCCGGGGGGCGCUUGCAUCGAUGCCAUAAAUUCCCGCAUGAAGGUGGAAGAAUCCUGGUAAAAGCAACGAGUGGAGGCACUUUGGUGGCGUUAGCUUCCAUGUGGAACGUUUCGUACAUUCCAAGAUGUCUCGCUUUUGAAGGUCAAGCCUUCAGACGACGUGUGUGUGUGCGUGCGUUCCAUCUUCCUCCUCGAGGAAGCGGAGGGCGACCUCGCAGCGCAGCUUGGUAGAGUUUUUCCACAGGUCUUGCCAAGACUUUAAGGCCAUGCUGGAGCGGUUAGAGCUCAUAAAGUGCAGGCCGCCAGUAAAAACUCCUUUUGACUUGGUAAUUGUGCCACUUAGCUCAAACGCCAUCAAGCUAGCGAAAAAAGUAACGCCGUCUCACUCUCUCUCUUUGGCUUCCCAGCUGAUACGUCUUGGGAGUGAUGCACUGGCUUCCCCUGGUUGCCAUGGUGAUCGCCUCGGCUCUGCCCUUCCCUCACAAGCCCGUGUCAAGGAGCGCCGCCGCUGCCGCCAGCGUGGAGCCCGGCUUCAGAGAGCGCCGCGAGCGCCGUCACCAAGCGGACGACGACUUCCAAGGAAAUGCCCCGCGAAAGGACUACGACGAGGACAAGAUGGCCGCCACCCUCGGCCAGGAACACCUGAAGAACCUCACGGCUUUGGUCCGGACCUUCUCACCUGACAGCAGCGUCGCUUUGGACGUUCCCGAGAGGAAAUCGCUCCCGGGGAACUUCACAGCAGAACAGGACCGCCUCGGUCUCGUGGACGGUUUCCGGGACUUAAGACCCACGCAGGUUUCUGUGUUAGAAACCCAAAUAGGCGAGAGUCCUGCUGCAGUUCCGAGGAGUUCCACACGAGCAGAGCCGACCAUUCCCUCAACGAGAGGGACCACGUCGAUGCCCCCGGUUGGGGGCGCCCUGGAGGCGGGGCCCGGAACCGCACUGGACACCAUCCUGGAAGGGGACGACAUGUUUCUGGACGCGCACCCGCGAGUCCUCUUCUCGGCCUCGGGGUCGCCCCCCGCACACCCCCCCCUGCUCCUCAUGCUGGAGACCGGCCUGCUGGAGGAGGACACGGCCGAGCCGGAGGACCUGGACCGACGCACGGAGGGUCACGGGGAACGAGCGACGGACAGAAGCCCGGGUUGGGCUAACGUGUCGGGAUCGGCGGGCGACGCGGCCCGCCCCGUCAGGAGGGACAAGCGCUCGCAUUUGAUUGACAGGCGGCGCGGAGAGAAGUCCGUGUGCGAGUCGGAGAGCGUGUGGGUCACCGACAAGAAGACCGCCAUCGACUCACACGGCCAGACGGUCACCAUCUUGCAGGAGAUCCAGACCCAGACGGGGCCCAUCAAGCAGUACUUCUACGAGACGCGGUGCCGCCAGGCCGAGCAGCAGAGCCCCGCCGGGCGCCCGCCGGCCUCCAAGGGGCCGGCCUCUAAGCCCACGGGCGUGGCCGGCGCCGGCUGCUUGGGCGUGGACAAGAAGCAGUGGGUGAGCGAGUGCAAGGCCAAGCAGUCCUUCGUGCGGGCGCUCACCAAGGACGCCAACAACAGGACGGGAUGGAGGUGGAUCCGCAUCAACUCGUCCUGCGUGUGCGUGCUGCUGUCCAGAGCCAAUCAGAUACUGGGGAGGGAGGUCUUGGCCAGGAGGGGGCGGGGCUAAAGAAACAAAAACCUCAAAAGACUAUUUUUUUGUACGAGUUAUCUUUCAUCAUCUAAAUUAUUAGUAAGCAUGAUAUUAAUAUAUUCCUCAUGUACAAUAAGACCCCGGUACACGUGUAUGUACGCUUGUGUAUUUAUAGAGGAGUGGCGCCUCCUACUGAGGCUCCCCGGUAGUGCUCCAGGAAGGUUGUAGAUGGGAGCCGUGUUUUUAGAUUCCAGGAUUGCGAUGCGGUCGCGAAUGUUAACGCCAGCAAAUUUGAGCAUCCUGCCGAGCGUGCGAAUAAAGGAUCUUUGUACGUAGCACUUCCUUGAUUGC